UACGAAGGUACGAAUAAAUCGUUAGGCAUAGACUACUUCGACCGUCGCUGCGGACUACAGAAGCCCUACAAAUACAUGAACAGGAAAUGUGUGGAGAUGCUGAAAGAUUUAAAAAAUAGAAUCGAUGAGCUUGCUGAGUCAGUGAUGCAGCGUUAUGCCAGCGACUAUACCUUGGACAAAGAAGACGGUGAUACCGUCUAUAUAUCCGGUCAGAUUGCGAAUAAUCUAGAAGGUCGUUUGCAUCCAACUUCGCUGGUCAUUCACAAUCUGCGUACUGAUCCCUGUCAGACUUAUCCACUGAAUAUCGACAAUAUCAAAACGUUUUCACUUUUCCCUGGCGAGGUUGUUGUCUGCCGCGGGCAAUACGUUGACGGCACGUUUGUCGCUGAUGAGUUGUAUCCAGGAGUGUUACCUAAGUUCAUCCCUCCCAACAGUGGCCUCGGUUUGAAUCGAUUAUCCUUUGUCGUUGCGUGUGGACCAUUCACUACUACCGAGGGUCUUCAGUUUGAACCGUUGGUAGAUUUGCUGAAGUACUGCAACGAACACAGACCGGACAUUUGUAUUCUGUGCGGUCCAUUCUUGCCAGUGAACCACAACCUUGUUGCAAAGUGUUUGAUACAAAAAACGUUCUGCGACUGUCUGAAAGAACUGUUGGUGAAGGUCGCUCGUGGAUUCAAAGGCUUCUGCACGAAGUUCAUCGUUGUCUCGUCGCCAAACGAUGCGGCAGCACACCCAAUUUUUCCAACGCCUCCUUAUCAAGUGGAAUUGAACAAGAAUAAUCGAGAGGUGAUAGCAUGCUAA